AUGUCGAGUGAAAUUUCUACUAAUAAAAUAUUAUUAACAUCGAAAACAAUUGAUUCAAAAUGGUUGGUUAUAUCAAAUUUACCUCGUACAGCAACUGAAGAAACAAUCAGAAAAUAUUUUCAACGAUAUGGCCGAGUACAAUCAAUUAGAAUUGAUGAUCAACGUUUUGCUUUUAUUAGAUUUUUUGAUCGACAUGCAGCAUUAAAAGCGCAUAAUUCAGAUAAUAUUCUUGAUAGACAACAAUUAAGAACAGCUUUUCAUGAUGGUUCGAAUUCAGUGCCUAAAAUACUUCUACAAACAUCGUCAAUAGCUUCUUCAAUUAUUCAAUCAUCAUCUCCUUCACAUAUGACAACAAUAACAAAAACAAUAAUUCAGAAUGAUCGAGAUAAAUAUACAUUACAUAAUACAUGUAGUCCAGAGGAAAAUACUCGAUAUCAAGUUGUACCUAUAAAAGAUGAUGUUGAUUUUUCUCAAAGUAAACGAAAAACAUCAUUAGACAAUAAUUCCAAACCAAUAACAAUGAAAUCUUCUUCAUCAUCCGAAUCUGAAAGAUCUCAUCAUCAUAAUUUAUCUUCGAAAUAUCCUACAUCGAAUUUAAAAAAAUUCAAAACAAAAAUAUUAAAGAUUUAUCAUUUACCAUCCAAAUUAUCAUCUCAAAUUUUACGUGAAAAACUUCGAAAUAUAUUUUUGGAUUUUAAAAAAUCUUCACAUUUAUUAACUAUAAAAAUUAUUGAUGAUUAUGCUUUAUUAACAUUUCAAAAAUAUGAAGAUGUUGAUAAAGCAUUAUUAUUUAUAAUAACAAAAUCUAUGAAUGGUGUCAGAUUAAAAGCUGAACCAUAUAAUAAUUUCAUAACUGAUAUAGAUGAAUAUUCAAUAAAAGCCACACGAACUUUAUAUAUAGGAAAUCUUCAAUCUGAAAUAUCUCAUAAUGAAUUACGUGAAUUAUAUUCCGAAUAUGGAGAUAUUAUUGAUAUUGAAAUAAAACGACAACAAUCAUCCAAUUCACAAAUCUUUGCUUUUAUUCAAUAUACAGAUAUCAAAAGUGUAGUUAAAGCAAUGGAAUCAAAGAUUAUUCGUGAUCAUUCAAUUAAGUUAGGUUUUGGUAAAAGUCAACCAACGAAUGUUUUAUGGCUUGGUAAUUUACCUUCGAAUAUAACUGAAUCAGAUUUACGUUUAUUUUUAAAUCGUAUAACAAAUUUAUCAUCGAAUGAAAUUCUUGAUAUUUAUAUUGAUAAUCGAAAUUGUCCGAAAAAUCAAAUUAUUCAAUGUUUAGUUUAUUUUAUUGAUAUAAUUACAGCACAAAAUUCAAUUAAUUUAAUUCGUGGAAAAAAAAUUCAAUCGAAACGUAUACAAGUUGAUUUUGCAAGUAAAAUACUUGUCACAACAUUUUCUGAUAUUAUCGAAGAAACAAAUAACAAGAAAAAUAAUGACCGAAGGACAAGCCGAUCGCAUCAAUCUGAUCGUCAUUCGAAAGCAUCAGAUAUUGGAUCAUCACUAAAUCUAUCAAAUAUAAUAUCACCUAGUGUAAAUCAAUCUCGUCAUUAUUCGUCUUCAUCAUUAGAACAUGAUUCAAUUAAUCAGAAGAAACUAAUCAAAUCUGAUUCUGAUAAAGAUGCAAAUCAUGAACGUAUUUUUGAUUGGCUUAUGCAAAAUCAACAUUUAAAUAUAAAUGAUAACGAUCAAGAAAAAUCUAUUGAUAAAUGUUCAAUAGAAACUAAAAAAGAAAUACAUUCAAAAGAUGAAAUUUUUAAUAAUAAUAAUGAUAUAAAUUCUCACGAUUUACCUAAAAACAAUUUUCAACCAAAAAUUAUUCCACUUGAAUCAAAUCCAUUAUUUAUUCAAUUAGAUAUACGUUUAAAAGUUUAUACAUCUUUAUCUAAUCAAUCAAUUACUUCAUUAUAUCUACCAUUUCCACAAUUUGCUAGAGCGUUAAUGAAAUCAUCUAAUAUUCCAAUUAUUCUUAAUCCAAAAGCACAUACAAAACAUCUAUCAAAUAUAAAUAAAACUAAUGAAGAUUUAUUAAUACAAAAUCAAUUUGAUGAAAGAUUAAAAUUAUUAGAUAAACAAAUAUAUGAAAAUAAUCGAAAAAUAUUAAUAACAAAUACAACUUUAAAUACUCAACAAACUUCACCAUCAUAUUCAUCUGAAUCAUCUUUAACUAUUAUAUCGUCAAAAAAAUAUAAUCCAAUGCCAUCGACUUCUACACUACUACAAUCGAUACCAUCGUCAUUAAUCUCACCACCAUUAUCAUCAUCUACAAAUCGAUUAAGUCCACCUUUAUCAAAUGAGAAAUCAUCAACAAAACUUCUCGAACGACUUGGUCCAUUAGCAAAAUUUAAACAUAAAUCAAUUCCACCACCAUUAUCUGUUAUAACUACUUUUCCAGUAGCAUCAAGUACGAGUAAUUCACCUAUGUUUCCUACUCCUAAUAGUAUCGUAGGACAUCAGAUUCAUUCUCCAACACCAACACCUUUAAAAUCAAUAUUAAAACAACCAUCGAAAUCAUUAGAUUCAACAGUCAAACAAAAUACAUCAUCAGAUGAUAAGAAAAAAUCAAUAAAUCAACAACAAACUAACGAGAAGAAACCACUCAAUCAAUCGAUAAGCUUAAAUAAUACUACUAAAGCAUCUUUAGGAAAAAUACCGAAAAAAGCUAAUGCAAAAUCCAUUGAAACUGUUGUACAAUCUCCAAAAUUAAUUAAAGAAACACCAAGAUUACCAAUUGAUAAUUCUCAAACAAUAAUAAAAAAUGUUCGUUCUACAUCUUUACCAUUGAUUAAUCAUUCAAAUAAAAUUCAAAAAAUGAAUAUUGCUGAAGCCAACAAAAGAUCAUCAUUAACAAUACAACAAAAGAAACCUUUACUCACAACAAAACAAGUUUCAACAAAUAAAUCUUUAUUAACGAAAAUCGAUCAAAAAUUAAUAACAAAAUCAAAUCAUAAUAAUAUAAUUAAGAAAAAAUCUGGAAAUAAAAUAUUCAAAUUAAAACAAAAUACAUGUAUGUACGAUCGAAUUAAAAAACGAGCAAGAAAUGAACAAAUUCAACAUAGUUUACUACCAAAAAAAGAUAAGUCUGCAUCUGACGAACAUAAUGAUGAUAUUAUUCAAGCAAAAAAUACCAAUAAAAUUAUUGAUUCAUCUGAUUCUAAAAAAGAUUUAUUAAUGAAAACGACAAAUAAACAAACAAUUGUUUUUGAUAGUAAUAUAUUUGAUACAGAAGAAAAUGAAGACAAGAAGACAAAUAAGAUUAUUAAUCGUCAAACAAUAAAAAUGUCGAAAUCUAAUAAUGAAAAAUUAAGGUCUAUAAAUAAAUCGACAAAUCCUCGGAAACAUUCAUUAACACAUGAAUCAAAUGAAUCUUCGAAGAAAAUAAAAUUAGAGCCAAUAACUAUCUCAUCUAUUAAUGAAGAACAAAUGAAUAAAACUGAAAAUUUAACAAACGAUACAAUCUCAAAUAAAAUUAAUACAACUUCUGAAUCAGUAGAUUUAACAAAAGAUUUAACAUUGAAUAUUGACAUCAUACAACCAACUUUAGAUGCCGAACCUAUCAGUGAUAUUGUAGUAUCUACUACGAAUACAAUUUCACAAGAUAUUUUUAAUAAAGAAGAAAUUUCAAAUGUAGCAUCAUCUCAGAUUCCAGCAGAUGAAUCAACAUCACAUUCUGUUGGUACUUCUUCAAAUAAAGAUUCUCAAGAACCAAUUACGUACAAUGAACCAUCGAUAUCAACAUCUCUGAACGAAACUAUCGAAACAUCAUCUAAUGUAAAUAAUCAAGUUAUCGUUACAGAUCAAUCAAUACCAGUUAGUUUAUCUCCUAAUACAAAACUACCGCCACCACCAUCAUCAACGUUAAAUGAAACAUUGAGUCAAUUUGAUAUUUAUUCAUUACCUAAUCCUAUACAUUCAUCAACAUCAAUCGAUCUAUUUCCACAAAUGCCUACACCAGAUAGUAAUUUAUUUACUUCUUCACAUCAACAUUUUCCAUAUCCUUUAUUUAUACCAUCACCUUUAUCGAAUUCACCAUUAUUAUCUACUAGAAGAUUAUCAUCAAAUAGUUGUAAUAGUGUUAUCGAAAAUCCUUUAUUUAAUAAAAUUCUAUCUGAACAACAACAUUGUUAUGACAAAGAGCUUAAAAGUGAUUCUAUUAGAAGAUUAUCAACUAUUUCACCAUUACCACCAAACCAUUCAACACUUAAUAAUAUUAUUAAUCAACAUCAAUAUCUCGGAUCAGAUUCUAUUGUUUCAUAUCGAAACUCAUCUGAAUUCUAUAAUUAUACAGGAACUACUCAACAAAUGUUGAAUUCAUUCUAUCAUGUCAAUGAUAUUCAAUCUUUUGAUCUGUAUGAUAUACAAUGGGAAGGAUAUGUCAUAUUAAAAACUGAUCAAGCUUAUAUAAAAACUCAACUUAUAGUUGGUAAUCCUCAAAUAGCACGUAUUUCAAUAAAUUAUUGGAAUUCAGAUUUAAAUCAUAAUUUACGUAUAUCACAACGUAUGCGUUUAGAAGAAAUUCAACUUGAUGGUGUACAAAAACAUAUGCAAAUGGAUAAUGAUUAUUGUAUAUUAAUUGCUGAACCAAAUGGUUUAACACCAGAAGAAAUACGUUUAGAACAGAAUCAUUUAAAAAAUGGUGUUAUUCAAUAUUUAAAUGAAAAACAAGCAGCUGGAAUUAUUAAUAUUAUAUUACCUGGUGUAUUACAACCUGUUUAUGUUGUUCAUAUAUUUCCACCAUGUCAAUUUGCAUCUGAAAUUUUACAAAAACGUGCACCUGAUGCUUAUCGAUGUGUUGUUCAAAAUAGAAUUGAACAAAUUUAUUUAGUAUUCAUUAUAACAACUACAGCUCAAUAG